UGUGCCCAGGGCCCGUUAUUGUUUCUGGAUCCGUCCGUGCCCUUUUCUCGCCAUUAGUCAUCAACACGGGAACAUGUCCAAUUUACUUUGAGCCUAAUAACCUCUAGUCAGCUUGAUGAAUCCGUACAAUGGGCGGGUCGGUGUCUCCCCUCAGAGAGGCCAAUAAAAUCGGUUUGCAGCUCACUUUGUGUUCAUUGCGUAACCACACUGCAGGUCCACGGAGCCAGGUUCACCUCUUCACAAUGGCAGCUCCGAAGAAAGUCUGCAUCGUUGGCUCCGGAAACUGGGGCUCUGCCAUUGCCAAGAUAGUGGGAGCCAAUGCUGCGAAGAAUUCAAAAUUUGACAACACUGUGAAAAUGUGGGUGUAUGAGGAGAUGGUGAAUGGGCGUAAACUGACAGACAUAAUCAAUGCAGACCAUGAAAAUGUGAAGUACCUUCCGGGCCACAAGCUGCCAGCAAAUGUGCUGGCCGUCCCAGACCUGGUGGAGGCGUCCAGUGAUGCGGACAUCUUGGUGUUCGUGAUCCCACAUCAGUUUAUUGGUAAAGUGUGUGACACCAUCAAGGGCAAGAUUAAGAGUGAUGCACUGGGGAUAUCCCUCAUUAAGGGUGUGGACGAGGGGCCUGAUGGACUUAAACUCAUUUCUGAGGUGAUCCAGGAGACGCUGGGUAUCGCCAUGAGCGUGUUGAUGGGGGCCAACAUUGCCAAUGAGGUUGCCGAUGAGAAGUUUUGUGAAACCACCAUUGGAUGUAAGAAUAAAAACCACGGUGCUCUUCUGAAGGAGCUCAUGCAGACCAACAACUUCAGAGUUACUGUAGUAGAGGAGUAUGAUGUGGUGGAAAUCUGUGGAGCCCUGAAGAACAUUGUCGCGGUCGGAGCAGGUUUCUGUGAUGGCCUGGGCUUCGGGGACAACACAAAGGCAGCAGUGAUCAGGUUGGGCCUGAUGGAGAUGAUAGCCUUUGCUCGCAUUUUUUGCACUGCUGGGCCCGUGUCCUCUGCAACUUUCCUGGAGAGCUGCGGUGUUGCUGACCUCAUCACAACCUGCUACGGCGGCCGUAACCGCAAAGUGGCAGAGGCUUUUGUGAAGACUGGGAAGUCCAUUGAGGAGCUGGAGAAAGAGAUGCUGAACGGCCAGAAGCUGCAGGGACCAGCAACAGCAGCUGAGGUGUAUCUCAUCCUCAAGCAUAAAAAACUAAUUGACAAGUUCCCUCUGUUCACUGCAGUCUAUCAUAUCUGCUACCAGGGCCAUCCAGUCACAGAGUUCAUAAGCUGUUUGCAGAACCACCCAGAGCACAUGUAAAAAAAAUAAAAAUAAAAUAGUGACUGACCAAGUGCCUUCUACAUGGACAAGGUUACCACUUUUUAUCUGUAACCCCUAAGAAAUAGAUGGGGGAUGACCAGUCACUCCACAGCUGUCAUGCUACCAGACAUUUUCAGCCGGUGAGUGUUAUCCCUGUUUGAGGUAGUUUAAUGUACAUGUUCAGCUCUGUUAAAUUCUAAUUCUGGUUUAUUUCAACAUGGCAUAUUUCCCAAAACUGUGGCUGCUGUUGGCUGUAUAGGUCGCGCUAGCUUGCACUAGCCGCCUCUGUUCUAGAGAUUCUGGAAAACAAGCAUCGUGUAAAUGUUGGUGCAAUGAGUGAGAGUCUUCUCCAGCUUUCAAAACCAUGUGGUUUUAUAUGAAUCAUCUCAAACACUCGUCUGAAUCAGACUGAAUGUAGCUGCUAGGAACAUUCAUUAUGCUAACUUACAGGGUUUUACAUCCAGGGCAACAGUUUGGCAAAAGCCCUCUUGUCUCUGAAUCUCUACAGUGGCGGCGGCGAGUGCAUGACAAACUAUGCUCAGCUGAAAUGAACUGGAAUUGUAACAUUCACUUAGAUAUUUUUAAAAAUGUCACUCAUUUCUUGACGCGCACUGAACCAUUUGGAAGCGCACUGCAUUCAAAGAAUAAAAAAAAAAAAGAUCUUACCUUAUACGAGACAAUGCAGGCGUUGGAACGCUGCAGAACGUGGCUGAAAAUCAGAAGGCUUUAAUGAAUUCUUUAGCAUCAAAGUAGUUCAGUGCUAGUUGUCAGCACAUAGCAAAAGUGAGCUGUUAAUAACUAAAUCAAUAUACUUGGUUUUCCAAAAUGUAAAUAAAUGUAGCCUAGGCUAAAAACAGCGCCCACAUUGUGACGACUAAUGUUUUGUCAAAAUUACAAGAUCAGGAUCUUGUAAUAGGUUAGGGUUGCUCUGUAAGAUACAGGCAUUAAAGAAUUCAUUAAAACCUGAAUUUUCAGGCAACCUCUGCAUUACUUCAUGAUUAUAAGAAAAGAGAAUGAGGUCCAGAUUUCAUAAUUAUGACUUACUGUCUCAAAAUUACAAGCUCCUGAUGUUGAAGUUAAAAGAUCAGGAUCUUCAUGUAAUGAGUCAUAAUUACAUGAAGAUCCUCUAGAUUUCUUUGAAUGUAGUGUGCUUCUGUAAAAACAUGAAGGAUAACUCAGUUUUUUCCCAGAGAAUCUCCUUUAGAGACAAGUGAAUCAGAACACAUCGGUUUUUAAAACAGCCACAUUCCAACACUAGUGCAGAAAUCCUCACAUGGAUUUCAGCAAAAGUAAACAGAAUUGUAGACAAAGAUAAGCUACAUAACUGUCAAUGCCAACUUAUCUUUUUCAAGCAGAUAGUCACUGUGUUACUGCCAUACAGUACAUGUACACUGUGCCCUAUGGAACUACAUCAUGCAUUCUGAUUUUCACAAGGCCUAUCAGCAGCCGUAUGAAGAGGAAUUUAUCCUCAUCUAAU